GGACGGAGAGAACCCCUGGGCUGUCGAGAGCCGUGCGGAGACAAAGCCGCGUUCGUCGCGGGGGGAAGAAGGGCUCGUCCGAGGGUGGGAUCCGGGUUCGGUGGCGUCCCAGCCCGCCAGGGGACCCGCACGUCGCUGCCUCGCAACAGGUCCGCCGCGUCGCGCGUGGCCUCGCCCUCGCUCCCCUCCCCCGCGCCCCCCGCCCCCCGGGGCGCCUCCGCUCGUCCGAGCGGCGGGUCGGCCACCGGCUUCCAUGCGGUUCGGAUCCACAAUGAUGCCGAUGUUUCUGACUGUGUACCUCAGUAACAAUGAGCAGCACUUCACAGAAGUUCCCGUGACUCCUGAGACAAUCUGCAGAGAUGUGGUAGACCUGUGCAAAGAGCCCGGCGAGAGUGACUGUCAUUUGGCUGAAGUAUGGUGUGGCUCCGAACGUCCAGUUGAUGAUAAUGAGAGAAUGUUUGAUGUUCUUCAGCGACUUGGAAGUCAGAGAAAUGAAGUUCGUUUCUUCCUUCGUCACGAAUGCCCUCCUAUUAGAGACACUGUGAGUGGACCAAGAUCUCAGGAUCCAAAUCUAAAGAGGAAUGGAGUAAAAAUUACUGGUGAACAUCGAAGAAAGGAAAAUGGCGUUAGUAGUCCUAGGAUGGAUAUGACUCUUGCGGAACUUCAGGAAAUGGCGUCUCGCCAGCAGCAACAGAUUGAGGCCCAGCAACAAAUGCUGGCUACUAAGGAACAACGCUUGAAGUUUUUGAAACAACAAGAUCAGCGUCAACAGCAACAAGCUGCUGAGCAAGAGAAACUUAAGAGGCUCAGAGAAAUAGCUGAGAAUCAGGAAGCCAAGCUCAAAAAAGUGAGAGCACUUAAAGGGCAUGUGGAACAGAAGAGGCUGAGCAAUGGGAAACUUGUGGAGGAAAUUGAACAGAUGAAUAGCUUGUUCCAACAAAAACAGAGGGAGCUCGUUCUCGCUGUGUCAAAAGUAGAAGAACUUACCCGGCAGCUAGAGAUGCUCAAGAACGGCAGGAUCGACGGCCACCAUGACAACCAGUCUGCUGUGGCUGAGCUCGAUCGUCUCUACAAGGAACUGCAGCUAAGAAACAAAUUGAAUCAAGAGCAGAAUGCCAAGCUGCAACAACAGAGGGAGUGUUUGAAUAAGCGCAAUUCAGAAGUGGCCAUCAUGGAUAAGCGUGUUAAUGAGCUGAGGGACCGGCUGUGGAAGAAGAAGGCAGCACUACAGCAGAGGGAGAAUCUCCCAGUUUCAUCUGAUGGAAAUCUUCCCCAGCAAGUGAUGUCAGCCCCAAGUCGCGUGGCUGCUGUGGGUCCCUAUAUCCAGUCAUCUACCAUGCCACGGAUGCCCUCGAGGCCCGAACUACUGGUGAAACCAGCCCUGCCUGAUGGCUCCUUGGUCUUACAGGCUUCAGAGGGCCCAAUGAAGAUACAGACACUACCCAAUAUGAGGUCUGGGGCUGCUUUGCAAAAUAAAGGCUCUAAAAUCCAUCCAGGUGGUCCUGAUUGGAGCCCUUCAAAUGCAGAUCUUUUCCCAAGCCAAGCUGCCCCUGUACCUCAGAGUGCUGGGAAUGCCCUGGACCAAGUGGAUGAUGGGGAGGUUCCACUGAGGGAGAAAGAGAAGAAAGUGCGUCCCUUUUCAAUGUUCGACACUGUGGACCAGUGUGCUGCCCCCUCCUCCUUUGGUACACUGCGGAAGAACCAGAGCAGUGAGGAUAUCUUGCGGGAUGCACAGGCUGCAAAUAAAAAUGUGGCUAAAGUACCACCUCCCGUUCCUACAAAACCAAAACAGAUUAAUUUGCCUUAUUUUGGACAAACAAAUCAGCCACCUUUAGACAUUAAGCUCGAUGGAAAUCCUCAGCAGUUGCCAACAGUGCUUACAUCCAUGGGAAAUAAACCCAAGCCAGCUGCAGGGCAGCAGCCGAGGGUGCUACUUUCUCCCAGCACACCUGCAGGUCAGGACCAAACCCUUUCUCCAGGGUCUAAGCAGGAGAGUCCACCUGCUGCUGCAGUUCGGCCCUUUACUCCUCAGCCUUCUAAAGACGCCCUCCUUCCAGCCUUCCGAAAACCACAGACCGUGGCAGCAAGUUCCAUAUACUCUAUGUAUACACAGCAUCAGGCUCCAGGAAAGAAUUUCCAACAGGCUGUGCAGAGUGCAUUGACCAAGACGCAGAGCAGAGGCCCACACUUUGCGAGCGUGUAUGGUAAGCCUGUGAUUGCUGCUGUCCAAAAUCCACAGCAGCACCCAGAGAACAUUUAUUCCAACUGCCAGGGCAAGCCUGGCAGUCCAGAACCUGAAACAGAGCCUGUUUCUUCAGUCCACGAGAACCAUGAAAACGAAAGAAUUCCUCGACCACUCAGCCCAACCAAAUUGCUGCCUUUCUUAUCUAAUCCUUAUCGAAACCAGAGUGAUGCUGACUUGGAAGCCCUCCGAAAGAAACUAUCUAAUGCACCAAGGCCUCUAAAGAAGCGUAGCUCUAUUACAGAGCCAGAGGGUCCCAAUGGACCAAAUAUUCAGAAACUUUUGUACCAGCGGACAACCAUCGCUGCCAUGGAGACCAUCUCGGUUCCGUCUAAGUCAUCCACCUCAGUGACUGUCAGCCCAGAAAGCCCGGUCGAUAUCGCGAAUCCCUAUUUACAUGGAGAGCCAGAAAAGGAGGUUGUCUCCCUGGCUGCUGAGUCAUUGCCCCCAGAGGAGGUGGGAAGUUCCAGCACAGAGAACAGUGACAUGCCAGCUCCUUCUCCAGGCCUUGAUUAUGUGCCUGAAGGAGUCCCAGAGAUCAGUUCAAAUCUGCAGAAUAAUGCAGAAGAAGCAAACCCGGAGGCUCCUCAUCUGCUUGAAGUGUACCUGGAAGAGUACCCUCCUUACCCACCCCCGCCUUACCCAUCCGGGGAGCCUGAAGUGCCUGAAGAAGACUCUGUGCGCAUGCGCCCACCUGAGAUCACUGGACAGGUCUCUCUACCUCCUGGAAAAAGGACAAACUUACGUAAAGCCGGCUCUGAGCGCAUAGCCCACGGGAUGAGAGUGAAAUUCAACCCUCUUGCUCUACUCCUCGAUUCAUCUUUGGAGGGGGAAUUUGACCUAGUACAGAGAAUUAUUUAUGAGGUUGAUGACCCAAGUCUGCCCAAUGAUGAAGGCAUCACAGCCCUACACAAUGCUGUGUGCGCAGGCCACACAGAAAUCGUGAAGUUCCUGGUACAGUUUGGUGUGAAUGUGAAUGCUGCAGAUAGCGAUGGAUGGACCCCAUUGCACUGUGCUGCCUCGUGUAACAAUGUCCAGGUGUGUAAGUUUUUGGUGGAAUCUGGAGCGGCAGUGUUCGCUAUGACCUACAGUGACAUGCAGACUGCUGCAGAUAAGUGUGAGGAAAUGGAGGAAGGCUACACUCAGUGUUCUCAGUUUCUCUAUGGAGUUCAGGAGAAGAUGGGCAUAAUGAAUAAAGGAGUCAUUUAUGCACUGUGGGAUUAUGAGCCUCAGAACGAUGAUGAGCUUCUUUUGAAAGAGGGAGACUGCAUGACCAUCGUCCGCAGGGAAGAUGAAGAUGAGAUUGAAUGGUGGUGGGCUCGCCUCAAUGACAAGGAGGGAUACGUGCCUCGCAACUUGCUGGGCGUGAGUGACCCCAGUGCUUAUUCUGUCCUUGGUGUUCCAGAGAAGGGCUUUGCUGACGCUGCUGCGUAUUGUGAAGACAGUGUAGCUUAAUGCCCUUUCUUUUAUUUUU